AUGCCACGUAUCCGCAAUCCCAUCCUCCCGGGGUUUAACCCCGACCCCUCCGUCAUCCGCGUCAACGAUGACUACUACAUCGCAACAUCAACCUUUGAAUGGUAUCCCGGCGUACAAAUCCACCACUCCAAGGAUCUAGCGAACUGGGAACUCAUCACACGCCCACUAACCCGAAAGAGCCAACUUGAUAUGCGCGGCGCUCCGGAUAGCUGUGGCGUCUGGGCGCCGUGCCUUUCACACGACGAUGAGAAGUUCUGGCUCGUUUUUACAUAUGUCACGAGAAAGGACGGAUCGUUUAAAGACGCCCACAAUUAUAUUGUUACGGCGCCAGAAAUCACAGGACCCUGGUCUGAUCCGAUCCAUGUGAAUUCUUCCGGGUUUGACCCGUCUCUAUUCCACGAUGAUGAUGGAAAGAAAUGGUUCGUGAAUAUGCUAUGGGAUCAUCGGCGGCGACCACGCGCAUUUGCCGGAAUCGCGUUACAAGAAUUUGACCCUGCCUUGGGGAAACUAGUCGGAGCGCGGAAGAAUAUCUUCAAGGGCAGCGAGCUCGAUCUCGUCGAAGGUCCACAUUUGUAUAAGCGGAAUGGAUGGUAUUAUCUCCUCACGGCGGAAGGUGGAACUGGGUAUGAACAUGCCUGUACCCUUGUGCGGUCGAGGGAAAUAUGGGGGCCGUAUGAGAUGCAUCCGCAGACGCAUGUGCUUUCUUCGAAGGAUACCGCUUUUGCGGCGCUGCAGAGGGCCGGUCAUGGAGAUUUGGUUGAAACAAGGGAAGGGAGAACUUAUCUUGUGCAUUUGAUGGGGAGACCUGUGGGACAGAAUCGUAGGUGUGUGCUUGGGCGCGAGACGUCGAUUCAAGAGGUUGUUUGGGAGGAGGAUGACUGGUUGUAUGUCAAGGAUGGGCCUAUUCCGUCUUUAUAUGUCGAUAUGCCUGGUGAUGGACAGGGGAAAGACGUCGACCUAAAAUACUGGCAAGAGCAGGAAUAUAGAUUUAACGAUGGUGUUCUUCAUAAGGAUUUCCAGUGGCUGCGGACUCCUGAAACCAAUCGAAUCUUUUCUGUGGAGGAUGGCGCUUUAUCGCUUAUUGGCCGCGAGUCGAUUGGAUCUUGGUUCGAACAGGCGUUGGUUGCACGACGCCAGACACAUUUCUCAUACGACGCUGAGACGGUGCUUGUUGAUUACGCCCCUACUGAUGAGCGACAAUUCGCUGGCUUGGUUGCGUACUACUGCCGGUACAAUUUCUUCUAUCUUGCAGUAACAGCGGAUGCGGACGGACAGCGAGAGAUAAACAUCCUUCGUUCUGAGGCGUCGUAUCCCGAAGGUAAACUCGACCUCGGAGACGUCGAACCAGUCCGCAUUCCCAACGUCGGGAAAGUUAGGCUAGCCCUAGGCAUCCGCGGUGGUCUGGAUUUACAAUUUUACUAUGCGGUUGGCAACGAGGAGCUGGCGAAGAUUGGACCGGUCUUUGAUGCUUCUAUUCUGUCUGACGAGUGUGGAGGGCAUCUGGCUCAUGGCAGCUUUACUGGCGCUUUCGUUGGCAUGGCAUGCUCUGAUGUGAACGGGGCUGCUUUGCCGGCACGCUUCGAACGAUUCACGUAUCGACCAGUGCAGAAUGCCGCGGACAGGUAUGACAUCUGA